CGGGGAAAUGAUCAGAUGAGGCCAAAAGAGCGGAAUGGAAGUGGGCGUGGCCUCGUAUACCUCUGGACGGCCCAUGGGUGGCUCCCCGGACCGAGGGCGCGGCGGCCCCCCAGGAGCAACCUCCACGUGGAGUUCGCUCAGAUCGGGGAGGUGAAGGAGCGCAAGGAAAAAUACCUGACGGCGAAGUACGGCGCCCACCAGAUGUCCCUCAUCCGUAAGAGACUUAACGUGGAGAUGUGGAUGUUUGACCAGCUGCAGUCUCUCUACCCCGCGCCGCAGGAAGGCAAGUACGAGGAGAAGGAGCUGGACCUGGAUGAGCUCCUGGACGUGGACGGGGAGCUCAAGAAGAGGAAGUACCUGUGGGACUCCUUGGCUGAUUGUAAACAGUCCAAGGAUAAAGUGGAGAAAUUCAUCAAUGAGUUAUUGGAGCGAGCAACAACCCUGUAAGGACAUAGAUAUCUAAGUUGUGUGUGUCCUGUGUGUGUGUGGCUCCACCAAGAUACUGCUGGGUUGGAUUGACGGGCACUGGACUCCGGCAGCUGAGUCUCCAGGGUCACAAGUCUGUGCUGAGAGGACAAUCAGAGAAAAGAAUGAUGGAGCUGAGCCCAAGCUAGAAAAAGGAUGGAACAGAGAGGGCAUAGGAGCAGCUGCCAGAUACGCAGUGUCUUGUGCCACUGUGAUGCUGCUCUGAGAUUCGCCGAGGAAGACCCGGCUCCCACGCCACAGUGUUGGAGUUAUUGUGAAGUGUAAGAAUUUCAGUUCAACAGCUGGAAGAUGCUUUUUUAGUGCUUGUCGUAUGAUGAAGGUAUUUUGUAUCUUGGGUGCAACUGUGUGUUUGCUCAUUCAGUGGCAGUCAUUUGUUCCAGCGCCAGGCAUUGAUCACACGGAGCCGUCAGUGAAUGGAUUUUUAAGUGUAAUACUUUUCUAUUUUUCCAUUAACUUGUAACAAUCAGUUGAUUAAAUUUUUGGCCUGUCCAUGUAUGUAUUAUCAUCAAAAUGUUAGUGUAGAGAAGAUGGUGUAGGUUGGUAAAUAUGGAUUAUAUAGAUUAUAUAGCUAGAAUAUGUAGCUAGUCUCUGGCAUUAACUGAGAAUGUUGGUUUUACUAAUCUCUGUUAUAACAAAAGCUAACAUUCACUUCCAUAUAAUUUGAACAUUUAUGAAUCCAUUAUAAAAUCACUCAAGCCAAAAGAGUGCUCUAACAGCACUUACUAUUUAUAUUGUUUGCAGGUAUGUGUGACUAAUUAUGGACAGCAUUUUCUUUUAUUUAAACUACUUUUGAUAAAAUUUGUACAAAUGAAUAAUUUAAAUCAUGUAUUUGAGACAAAAAUGAUAAUGGUUCAAAUAUGCAUCAAGCAUCCAACAGCCUGGCUGGCCUCCCUGUUGACCACUAGUACAAGAACAGAUUGUGUUAUGUUUCACUUUAGUUUAGUCAGUAAUUGUCUUCCUUAGUUACUAGGCUGGUGUAAUUUAAAUUAGUUAUGCAGUUUUUUUUUUUUUUUUUCCACUCUGGUGUUGUUAUUUAAAGGCCUAAAGAGUUUUGAGUUUGAACUUCUUGGAUAGCACGUGAAAACCCCUCACUGUAUGCUUUUGAAAUAUAAGAAAAUAAUACUGUAUCUAAAUCAUAUCAGUAUCAACUCUAGACACUUUUUGUUUCCAUGAUGGUAGCAUUCUGCACCAUAGAAAUUACUCUCUAGGCUAGUUUUGUCCUGAGUUGCGACUAGUUGAAGUGUAGUGCCCUCCCAGGCCAGGCCAUGGCCGCUGUGGGUCCUGGCCACCCAUGCAGCGACUAGCCCAGUAGGAGGCUUUGAGUAUCAGCAGUUUAGGUAAAUACUAUAGCUAGCAAAUACCUCCAUUAAUUGUCUUUUUCAUGUUCAUGACUCAAAGAAUGACAGCAAGUAGACAGUUCCAAUGAAUGAUCAAAAAUUUUGAAAGUGUUGCAGAUUAAAGAUUGGAAGUGAAGUCAUAUCAAAAUAUAUUUUGAGACCUGAGAUGUCAAUGUAGUCACUCUUGUGCUCCUGUUUUAUACAUGACUGAAAAAGCAGCUUUAUUGACAUUACAUGUAAGUCUCAGAAUGGAUCAUGUUACAUAGAAACUUGUCUCUCAUCUGGGCCACAGUAUCCCAGCCAGGAAUACUGGAACCAUUGUGGGUAGACUUUACAUGCUCUCCUGCCACCGAUGGCACUCAGGCAUCUUUGUCAUGCAGCCCCAAGGUCAAGAUGCUGGACUGUGGACCAGAACAGCAGCCAAGUUAUGCCUCAGGGUCAGUCUGCUGAAAUGUAUGUAAGAUUUACAGUAGUAUUUUCCAAUAAAUUAUAAGGUGGAUGACCUUGUGAAUGCACCUUGCUGCCACCAUGCAGAUCACAGUCCAGUGUGUGAGCGAGGGGGGAGCAAGACGAAGGUUUAUCCAUGAAACAUUGGGAGUGAAAACCAACAAUCUGGGGCUCACUCAACUUUGUCUCAUGAAGAAGAGUAUUCAUUGUCUUUCUGUAAGGAGUAUAUAAGUAUAUAAAUGUAUAUCAGGAUAGAUGUGAAGUAAUACUUUUCUUAUGUUGUUAUGUGAAAAGUUUACCAAUGUAACUGUUAGUUUAAGGAUCUCAUUCUUAAGUUUGCUUCAAGUGACUUCACCAAUUUUGCAUAUUUGCCCACAGUUUCCAAUUGGGUGUCAAAUGGUUAUGUUUUACCGUAAGAUAUGCUCAUUACUACUGAUCUUUGUUUUGUUUUAAUGUGGGUAAAUUAUUUUAAUGAAUAUUUUUUGUUGUUGUGGAAUAUAGUGACAAUAAUUGUCUAUGUAUGUGACAAUAGAGAUAUGUGAAGCUGACUUCUGUGAGACCAAAUUUUUACCUUACUGGUUUAAGAGCACAAAUUUCUUACCCCCUCCCCAGCAAUGUGAGUGAUGACAGGGUGGUGUGCUGAGCAGUGUUAGUGGUGUCCGGCCCAAGGUUUGAGAGACAAUAAAUCUAAAUAAACA